ACCAUCAUACAAGGAGGAUCGGAUCCCCUAUGAGUGAGGAGGGAGCAGGCGCGGCGGAAGCUUCCAGUACACGACACAGACAGGACUAACGAUGGCGGACAACAAGCUGUACGAUGUAUUGGGGCUCUCCAGGAACGCCUCAGACUCCGAAAUCCGUAAAAACUACCGCAAGCUUGCCAAAGAGUAUCACCCGGAUAAGAACCCGGCUGCUGGUGACAAGUUCAAAGAAAUUUCUUUCGCCUAUGAAGUGUUGACUGACCCACAGAAGCGUGAAAUUUAUGACCGUUAUGGACUCAAGGGAUUGCAGGAAGGUGACACUGGGCCAGGAGCAGAAGACCUAUUCGGUCACUUCUUCGGGGGUGGCGGGCCGUUUGGAGGAUUGUUUGGAGGCUUUGGUGGCGGCAUGCGAGGGCCAAGAAGAGGACCAAAGAAGGGAGAGAAUACCAUCCACAGGCUAAAAGUGUCUUUAGAAGAUAUGUACAAUGGCAAGGUGUCAAAACUUCAGCUCUCCAAAAACACCAUCUGCACUUCUUGUGGAGGUGAGGGCGGGCCACCUGGAGCGCUGCAGCCCUGCCGAACCUGCAACGGCCGGGGUAUCAAAGUCACCAUAACCCAGCUGGGCCCUGGGAUGGUGCAGCAAAUGCAGAGUCGGUGUCCAGCAUGCGAUGGCGAAGGUGAGGUGAUAAAUGAGCGCGACCGCUGCCAGACGUGCUUAGGCCGCAAGGUGGUGCAACAGACCAAGCUGCUGGAGGUGGCAGUAGACAAGGGGAUGAAGGAUGAGCAGCGCAUCUCCUUCCACGGUGAGGGAGACCAGAUGCCGGGGGUGGAGCCUGGCGACGUCAUCAUUAUUCUUCAGGAAAAGCCACAUGAAGUAUUUCAGCGAAGUGGAUCUGAUCUUAUGAUGAAGAAGACCAUUACACUUACUGAAGCCCUGUGUGGAUUCACUACAGUAGUGGAUCAUUUAGAUGGCAGGAAGAUUGUUAUCAACCACCCACCUGGCUCAGUUUUAGUCCCAGGCUGUGUACGUGGUGUUGUUGGUGAGGGCAUGCCAUUGUACAAGAAUCCAUUUGAAAAAGGAGACCUUUAUAUUCGCAUAGAAGUAGAUUUCCCCGAUAAUUACUUUGCCCCUGAACCAAAGUUAAAGGAACUGGAAGCUCUCUUGGGAGGACGCCCGCCAGCUGAAAAGAUUCCAGCUGAUGCCGAGGAAGUGAACAUGACUGAAUAUGAAGAUAAUGGCGGGCCCAGCGGCUCCCGGGGCCAGUGUUACGAUGAAGACGACGAUCACCACCACAUGGGUGGCCAGCACGUACAGUGUGCACACCAGUAAGGGAGGGGAGGUAGUGCUUGCGGUCCAUUGAUUCUUUAUUUCUUCUUUUUUUCUGGUCAGGUUGCCAGGAGAUACCUGCGUCAUCAUGGUUUUGGUUGUAGUACUGGAGCUCCUCAGCGGUAGUCAUGCAUCCUUGUGUAGCAGACUGUAUGCAUUAUACACGUGAUAACAUGUGCGUUCUGGUUCCAUGCAAAUACUUUUGUGUAUCCGUCUGCAGUGGCGUUUACUGGUUAUGUUCGUGUGCUGGAAAACCAUAGUCACUUCAUGUUUAUUUAUUAAUGUUGUGUCUAUCUAUAUGGAAAUGAAGACUAUUCUUUUUACUUUUUUAUGUACAGCUUGCUUUACUUUUGAAGUCCUUACGAGCUACCUACAGUGAAAUCAUUUUUCAUGUUUACCUCAGCAUUUAAAAUACAUGGUGAAAGGAGCUGCAGUUUGAUAAUUCCUUACCGUGAACGAGACUUGCAAUGUGUGGUGUAAGUUACAUACAGACUAAGACGUACAAGUCUGCCACUAACAUGCAAGAAAUCUCCAGCCUGGCAAAAUGAGCAUAUUCUGUGAUACAGCAUAAGUGAGGCUCUGCAACCAAAAGGCUAACAAUCCUCCAGUGUGGCUGCUUUUGUUUUGGUUUACAGUACCAAAGUUCAUACCCUGGAUGAGGCAGAGUUGGCCAUUGCUUUGGUUUUGUGUCAUGAGAAGUCUGUCAUCAAUAUCCCCCAGAAGUUUUAUUGAAAUUUUCUCUGGAAUAGUUCUAUGACACCUUGAGUGAAGCAUCAUUAUGGAGAGAUUUACAUUAAAUAGUAAUGCUGAAGGAAGCUUGAUAUUAUUUAAAUUAUUUACUAGAUUUUAGCAACCAAAAUACAGCAGUUGUUAUUGUAAGAGUGAAGGUAUUAGCACAGGCUUCAGUGCUAUACUUCAAGUUAUCUCAAUUGAUUCACUUUUAUUGGAAAAUGUUAAGAUAGAGUUAUAGGUAUUGACUAUUUGGCUUUCAGGUGCUCAUAGCUCUUUUAUUAGAUAUUCAUAUCUUGAGCAAGGAAUCAUUGUAAUAGAUACUACAAUGAUCUGAACUCAAAAUAUUUACCAUAAGAGUUAAUAACAAUGAUACAGAGUGCCUGCCCAAACCUUGUGACGCAAGAGGGGGUUCUGGUACUGGCAGGCAGGCUAAAGUCUUUUCUAAGAUACCAAGAGUGGAGGUGCAGACAGGAGUCAAAGGACAUGUUAUUUUGGUGGCCUGGUCACAUCCUCUAACCCUCAUGAUAGUAAAGGGGUGGGCUGUAACUAUUUUAUGAGCAAUGUUGGUUAUCUUGGCAUGCAGCACCACUUAAUGCUCCAUAAAUAUCCAAACCCUUUAGCUGGACACUGAAGGAGGAUUAUUGGGAGUGUAUCUGCAUUAGUAAUGUGUCCUGUAUCUCCUGUUGGCAGUUUUUACAUUUUCAGAAAUAUUGGACCAUGAAUGCAUGCCAUAGUGGUACAAAAUGACUUCAAUGUAUUGAUUGAUGUUCUUUAUUUUUACAUGGCAAACAUUCCUUCUAACAUAGUUUAUGUUUCAUGUUAAUUAAGCAUCCUGUGUUUAUUGUGUUGUGUUACUGUGUUCCACAUCUCAUCAGUUGGCCAAAUGUCAAGAGCAACUGCAAAGAAAAGCUUGUGUUGAUGAGUUGCUGCAGUUCAUGAUCUUUUAUUGUUCAUGCAUAAAGGAGUAGCAUCUACUGUUGAAGACGUUGUGUGGCAUUAAAGAGCUUUUUGGAUUUCCAUUGGAAACAAGCUAAAAAUAAACAUA